AUGUUUCCUCGCAACCUCAAUCGACCAAUUAACGGAUCUGGGUCUCUACGUGCGAUGUCAACCGCCACUCGCCUUUUCCGCAAGAUUCUCGUGGCAAAUCGUGGUGAAAUUGCAUUGCGCGUGUUACGCUCAGCUCAAAAGCUUAACAUAGAGACCGUGGCCGUUUACAGUGAUGUUGACGCCAAUUCUCAGCAUGUGAAGCUGGCCACCGAAGCCUAUCGUUUAGGACCUGCGCCUGCAAGUGAGAGCUAUCUAAAUUAUUCUAAGAUACUGGAGGUCUGUCGCAUUUCCGGGGCGGAGGCGAUACAUCCGGGCUACGGCUUUUUGUCUGAAAAUGCGAUUUUUGCCCGUGCUUGUCUUAAAGCGGGUGUCGAAUUCAUUGGUCCACCGGCUCAGGCCAUAGAAGAUAUGGGCUCGAAGAGUGCGUCAAAAGAUAUCAUGAUCAAGGCCGGUGUCCCAGUAACUCCAGGAUAUCACGGUGAAGAUCAAAGUCUUGCGACGUUACAGAAUGAAGCGAAAAAGAUUGGGUAUCCUGUGCUCAUCAAGGCUGUCUUUGGGGGUGGAGGCAAAGGGAUGCGAAUUGUUGAUGAAGAUAAAGACUUUCAAGAUGCUUUGAACGCAUGUGUGAGGGAGGGGAAGGCCUCUUUUGGAGACGGACGAGUGCUAAUUGAAAAGUAUUUGAGAGAGCCGAGACAUGUGGAACUUCAGAUCUUCGGAGACAAAUAUGGCAAUGUCAUUCAUCUCUUUGAGCGUGAUUGCAGUGUUCAAAGACGUCAUCAAAAAGUAUUAGAAGAAGCACCUGCACCCAAUGUAUCAGAGGCCUUGCGUCGGAAAAUGGGAGAUGCAGCUGUCGCUGCUGCCAAGGCCGUUGGCUAUGUCGGUGCCGGAACGGUAGAGUUUCUCUUAGAUGAAGACGAAUCUUUUUAUUUUAUGGAAAUGAACACGCGCCUACAAGUCGAGCACCCAGUUACUGAAAUGAUCACCAAGCUAGAUCUAGUUGAGCUUCAGCUCAAAGUCGCAGCAGGUCAAGAGCUCCCGGUUCGACAGGAGGAUCUAAAAAUUCAUGGUCAUGCGAUCGAAGCACGCAUUUAUGCAGAGAAUCCUUACAAGAACUUUCUUCCUGGAAGCGGAAUAUUGCAACAUCUUCGUUUGCCUCGCACAACAAAAAACGUGCGUGUAGACACCAGCCUUGUUGAGCGCGAUGAAGUAUCAAUUUUUUACGAUCCAAUGAUAGCCAAACUCAUCGUACAUGGUGAUAACCGUCAAGCUGCCUUGGAUAGAUUGACUAGAGCAUUGCACGAAUACCAAAUUGUGGGUCUUCCUACGAAUAUAGAGUUUGUGAUUCGCACAGCAGAUCACGCCAUGUUUCGCAAGGGUGGUGCUGAUACGAGCUUUCUCGACAAGUUUGACGCCGAUGUUCUUGGAUCAUUGGGAGCGUAUCCGGCUUAUACCAAGGCACUGGGAGCUGUAAGUUUGCUUCAUUUGGAGCAUAAUGAAUGUUUCACUGCUAGAACUAGUUAUGAUGAGCUGCAAUCACCAUGGUUGAGCGAUUCCUUAUCUCACUUCCGUUCGCUGGAAAUGCUUGAAAGGAAAUUUUCUAUUGAUCAUGAUGGGGGCUCGACUUUCAUUUCAAUGAAGUGCCUCUCGAAAAACACGUAUCAUGUGAUGCUGAACAGUGAUUCUGGUCAGGAAAACUACUUAGUCAGUGGGACGAUUGACAAAAAAGGGGACUUCAAGUUCUGCGUGGGCAAUCGGACUUUUAAAGGAACUGCUGUGAUUCACCGGCAGAAUCUCCACAUCUUCUGCGACGAUAGUAGCCAACGCUACGACUACAAAUUUCACAUCCCACUGCCCUCUUUUGAGCCAGCUGAGGGUGGAUCAGGUGAAGCUGCGCACAGAGUGAUUGCUGCACCUAUGCCAGGUAAGAUUGUAUCGGUGUUGGUGAAAAUCGGUGAUAUACUUGCAGCCGAUCAGCCGUUGCUGAUCAUGGAAUCCAUGAAGAUGGAACACACCAUCCGAACACCAAAAUCUGGAAAGGUGGUGCAGCUUUUUUGCGAGAAAGAUAGCCUUGUUACGGACGGCCAUGUGCUGGUGGAACUUGACUAG